AUGUUGCCCGGAGGAAAAAUGCUGAAGAUCUUGGAUCGCCACGUUUUGGCGUACCUCAAUGUUCAGUACGGUCGUGUGACAAAGCGAUUUCAGCGCGCCCAUCUUGUGAAACGUUCUGAAAACACUGCAGCACCCAAAGACACCAACGAACGACUAAGAUCAACAUCGUGUGCCCAAGUCCAUUACAGUCCUUUUCCCUCGUAUCCAUUCCCAAACUCCAUCGACCUUGAAGAUUGUCUCUACGUCAACAUUUGGGCUCCAGUAGAUGAAAACAACGACGCUUUUAGACCCGUUGUGGUUGUUCUUGCCGGUGGCAAUUUCAACGCCGGAGGCAGCGGUGACUACGAGUUCUACGAUGGAGCCAUUAUGGCUGCCCUGUGGAACCAAGUUGUGGUGACUCCAAACUAUAGAGUCGGACUCUUUGGGUUCUUAAACGAGCUCGCAGUGAACGUAUCUGAAAACGUGGCCAUAGCAGAUCAGGAGCUCUUGUUCCGAUGGGUUCAGUCUUACAUACAUUUGUUUGGCGGAUCUCUGAAGCAACUCCACGGGGCUACAAGUUACGAAAAUGUUGUGAAUCAUUACAUGAAGCAGGCAGGUAGACGACCAAUAGAAUCCCUACAAAAGGCCAUUGGGGACUUUGUCGUCCAUUGCCCGAUGAACAUCUUUGCGAAGAGUUAUGCGAGCUCGGGAAAAGACGUGUACAUGUAUCAUUUUAAGCACGUACCGCAAUACCGAUGGUGGCCGCUGUGGAUGGGGUCGCCGCAGAUGCUGGACUGGUUCUACAUUUCCGGAAACCUUCUAAAACUUAAAGAUAGAGAAGUAAAUGUCGAGGACGGCGAUGUGAAGCUUUCACAAAAGAUGGCCAGCCUGCUUGCCUGUUUCGCGGAAACAGGGCGUAUGUAUUUAAGGGGAUUUCAACAAAUUUUGUAA